ACACUUUUGACAUCUUAUCAGCAACAUCGCUAUCAGCGCGGAGACAGCGACUAGUUCCUCAGCACAUUUUUAAUCCGGUCUACAGCAUUUUAAUCCGUCUAUCACAAUGAUACACAUCAAAUGUAAAGACACCAAUCUAGAUCCGAUUCCAGUCAAGAUUGGUAUCAUUGGUGGCUCUGGUCUGGAUGAUCCAGACAUUUUAGAACAACGCAAAGAGAAGAUAGUGGAGACACCAUACGGUGAUCCAUCUGAUGCUCUGAUCGAAGGCGAAAUCGGAGGGGUACAGUGCGUCCUUCUGGCUCGCCAUGGACGCAAGCAUGAUAUUAUGCCAUCCAAUGUUAACUAUCGUGCCAACAUCUGGGCUUUACGUCAGGUGGGCUGUACACAUCUGAUUGUGUCGACUGCUUGUGGAUCCCUAAGAGAGUCCAUUCAGCCAGGUAAUUUGGUGGUGCCACAUGACUUCAUUGAUCGCACCACCAAGCGGGCGCAGACUUUUUAUGAUGGCCAGCAUGAGGGCAUGGCUGGCGUCUGUCAUUUGCCCAUGUAUCCAGCCUUCUGUGAGCGCACGCGUAAGGUUCUACUAGAUGCGGCCAAGGAACUGGGAUAUGCUGCACAUGAUAAGGCUACUAUAGUCACAAUAGAGGGUCCUCGCUUCUCCUCCCGCUCAGAGAGCAACAUGUUCCGACAGUGGGGCGGAGAUCUGAUCAAUAUGACAACUUGCCCGGAAGUUGUGCUGGCCAAGGAGGCAGGCCUGUUAUAUGGCUCAGUGGCCAUUGCGACCGACUAUGAUUGCUGGCGCAUGGGCUGCGAAGGCGUUAACGUGCAGGAUGUGCUCAAGACAUUUGCCGAAAAUGUGGCCAAGGUGAAGAAGAUUCUAGUGAAUGCUGUUGGCCGUAUUGCUAAGGAAGACUGGUCCGAGGAUAUUUUAAAUGCCAAGCAAUGCGUCUGCAACAACACUAUGUCCGGUGCCAUGUGACGCUUUUUGCUGUUAUGCACCCAAAUAACCAAAGAUACCAUUCGGCGCCGAAAGCCACUUGUCCAGCCUAUUUUCUCAAAGUAUUCAAGGAAACACGAGCCAAGAGUUCUCUCAAUAUCCAUUGCUUAUGAAUUGGAGCCUGGCAAGCGACGAAGAGAAUUCACCAUAAAACCAGAGAAUUAUAACAGAACUCCGUCACCGAACGCUCAAUCCUAAACUUGCAACAUUUCCGCACAACGAAUAUAUUUAGUGACUAAUAUUAAUCUGUGACAAGUGAUGAUUUUUAGUAUAUCUUGAAUGCGUUGUCUGAACACUAAUAAACGAACGGUAUCUUAUCGAACUA